UCUUCGCCACUGUUACGGCUGACGGCCAUGGAUUGGUGGAAAUUGUUGGCUCUUCUUGCAGCUAUCGCUUCCGUACAAGUUCAGGCAGAUGGGCCUAAGAAGAAAAUUCGCAUACAUCUUCCGCAAACGGUGAAGCACAUACAUCACCACAAGAAGAUAUACAUAACAAAUCACCCUGCGUCCUCACAGUAUGCGCCGGCGUUUAUGCCGAACGCAGAGGGCGCGGUAGCUGUUCCUACCAACAUUGCGCUGCCGACUGUGGCUAACAUCGUACCACUCAACUCUGUAGACAUACUCGAAGACUCAGUGAGAACACCUGGUCUGACUGCAGCAUCUUCCAAGCUCAUACCACUUUACCAUGCCCGCGGUUACUAUGGACCCACACACACAGAUAUUGACGAACAAGAAUUCGAUUUAGCCCCCAUGCCGGAACCUGCCGAUAGCUAUGUAGUUCCGACGUCAAUUAUUGCAUCUCCAUCAGACACUAAUCAUCAUACAUCUAAACGAAUCAAGGUAGUAAAAGUAAGUGAACCGCCGCGUAAAAAGAUCAUCAGAAAAGUGAAACCCAAAAGAAUUACAGUUCGUAAGCCAGCGAAUACGGUACAGCAAGAAAAUGAUCUUCCCAUCUCAACAUUCCAUGAACAGUUUUAUUCAGACGUACAAGAUGGCGGUACGAUUAGGAAAUUCAAAAAACCACCGCGAUUUGAAAAAAUCGUCGAUGGCAACACCGAGCAUUUUCACACUUACAGCGAAGAACACAUUCACAAAGUAGUGUUCGAUGAAGAACCGAAAUAUACUGGUGUUGUUGGCUUGGAGCCAAUAGGGGGUAUACCUGCGUAUACCCAUUCCUUGAUUCCCCUUAAACAAGGUCAAAUACUUGCGAUGCCUUCGGAUCCCUAUAGAACUGUUGCGAUUCCUAACUCCAUGGGAAAUCCUGCUCAAUAUGAAUAUGCCGCAUACAAUCCCCGCGAAGUAACACAUGACCACUUUUUUCACGACCAUGGCGAGAUACCUGAGGAAGUUGAAAUGACAAGAGAUAUUUUUAGUAUACCACCAAAAGUGACCUACAACAGCCAGGGUAUUAGAAUCGAUUCAGGUUUGCCAAAAAGAGUUAAAAGCAAGUACACACAUAGACCAACGAAAUCUUCUUCCGGAGAUUAUACUUUUUACGAAAAUAUGUAUUCAUCCAGUCGUGUUAAGCCAACAAAAGCGGUAGCUCCCGCAUCAUUAUAUGUAACCUCACAAAACGACAAUGUGAACCAAUUCAAACCUGUAUCAUCAUUUCGAUACAAAGACGGCGUCAGUAGUAAAGCUCGUAACAAAAUACCCACGUACUUUGGUAAACCGACACCUGAUUAUCGCAUAAAGAAACCAUCUAAUAUUCCUGUUCCAUUUACGGUGUCAUCGAAAAUAGUUCACGACUAUAAACCAUCGUCACAAACUUAUUCUGGUACCGCACCAAGUGCGAAUGGUAUAUCGGCUUAUGAAGACCAAUUUUCGAAUUUUAAAGAUAGUUUUGUAAAUAAUUAUGAAUACGAUAACUACGCAUCUUCAUCAAACGUACACCGAGCAGAGGAAAAAAAUCACCAUAAUACGUACGGCCACCAAAAUAGGAAAGGUAGAAAGAAAUCAAUAUCAUCGCAGAAUAUCAGAUUUGGAAAUCAAAAUAUGAAGUAUUCAGACAAUUUAGCGAAUGAAAAUAUUUUAAUCGGUGAUAAUGAUGGUGCACCGUCAGCCCUUGACGGUGAAAACUACGAUGAAUCAGUUAUAUAUGACAGUGCGACAUCCGCAUCAUUAACUGACAAGGAAUCUUCCCCAUAUCAAUAUUACACGAUAAUGGCAGUAAAAGCAUUAGCUGAUGAUCAACUAUCAGUGCCAGAAGCGUCGAACAAUAAUUAUCAAUACGCGGAAGCCCCAACGCCUGCCAUUACGCCGAUUCCAACUAUUGCGACCACUACUUCUACGCCAGAGUUCCUAACUAAUGAAAAUACCUUUGAACUAACAACACGGCCAACUGAAAUUGUCGAAGAACACAGAUAUAGUAAGAAAUAUCAAGAGAACAACGCGAUUACGGUCACAAAUCCGCCAACGUUAGGAAGAAACCGAGGCUUGAAAGAAAUGAAAAACAGUGAUAACUUUCAUAAGAUCCGGUCACGUUCAAGCGAAAAGUACACAAACAAUGUCAACUCUAGAACAUCCACAGAAAGAAGUCAAGUUAAGUAUGGUGAUAAAAUUUAGUUGAAUAAAGACUAUUUAUCUUAGAUAUAAG